GGACCUGCUAACAACAGCAUCAUGUCAGGUCUCUCAGAGUCAGUAACAUCCGUAAAAUCCGUUACAGCGGGACAGCAGACUGGCUCCGGAUGUUAGCAGGUUCUUCAGACGCAGCUGUUGGUCUUCAGCUGAAUUAGUGUCUGAUGUGUCCAGCACAGUGACAUCAUGGCGACUGCAGCACCAGAUGAUCUGCAUCCUCUGAAGCGCAGUGGCAGCUUGGGCUGGCUGCCACCUCACAUGUGUGAGCUGAGGGUUGUUCUGCUGGAGAACAGCUGGUCUCAGAGGAGUUCAGUGGGGAACUUCAUACUGGGAGAGACUAAGUUCAACACUGAGGAAGAACCAGACUGCUGUCUGACAGAAAGAGGACAGAUAAAGGACAAAGAAAUAGUUCUGAUCAACACUCCAGAUCUGCUGCAUCCCAACAUCUCUGAAGACAAACUGUCAGAACAUGUAGAAAAGUGUGUGAGACUCUCUGAUCCUGGACCUCAUGUGUUCCUGCUGGUUCUACAGCCUGAAGACUUCACUGAGGAACACAAACUGAGACUCUGCAGAGUCCUGAAACUCUUCAGUGAUCAAUCAUUUGAUCAUUCAUUCAUACUGAUAUCAACACCCAGAGAGGAGAGUUCAGGUUUCAAAGAUGAACCAGACCAGCCCUUAAAAGACAUGAUCAGAAUGUGUAGAUACAGAUACCUGAAGCAGAAGAACCUUGAACGUCCAGAGCUGUUAACACGAUUGGGUCAAACUGCAAAGGAGAACAAUGGAGAGCAUGUGAGCUGUGAUGUGUUUGAGGAUGCAACAUCUGUUUUAAAAACCCCUGGGACUCACACAUCUGCACUUAGGAUUGUGCUGCUGGGAAAAAGUGAAGACAGGCAGACAAGACUUGGGAACUUCAUCACUGGGGAGCAACGUUUUCAGAACCCCAAAUUUUUCCCAACCAAGCAAAGUGUGACCGCCCACGGAGAGUGGAGAGGAAAACCAUUAACAGUAGUGAAAACUCCAAACAUCUUCAGUUUGUCUGUUGAAAUGCUGAGAAGAGAGGUGAUGAACUGUUUGACUCUUUGUCCUCCUGGACCAAAUGUUCUGCUGCUGUUAGUGAAACCCUCUGAGUUCACUGAGGAGAACAGACAAACACUGAAGUUCAUCCUGACUCUGUUUGGUCAAGAUGCCUUUAAAUACUCGAUGGUCAUCAUGACACAUGAGGAGAGGAGUGAAAGGAGUGUCACUGUUAAUGAACUCCUGAGAGACUGUGGAGGAAGAUACUACAGUAUGUCUGAAGAUGACCACACAUCACUGAUGGAGAGGACUGAAGAAACAGCUAAUAAACACAUCAGAGCAGCUUUAAACCUGGUCCUGUGUGGGAGGAGAGGAGCAGGGAAGACUUCAGCAGCCAAGGCCAUUUUAGGUCACACAGAGCUUCAUUCAGUCUCCAGCUCAUCAGAGUGUGUUAAACAUCAGGGAGAGGUGUGUGGACGUUGGGUUUCCCUGGUGGAGCUGCCUGCCUUGUAUGGAAAACCUCAGGAGGCAGUGAUGGAGGAAUCAUUCAGGUGUAUCUCCCUCUGUGAUCCUGAGGGCGUCCAUGCCUUCAUCCUGGUCCUACCUGUGCGUCCCCUCACUGAUGAAGACAAGGGAGAGUUAGAGACCAUCAGGAACACAUUCAGCUCUCGAGUCAAUGACUUCACCUUGAUCCUGUUCACUGUGGAGUCAGAUCCUACAGCUCCACCUGUUGUUAACUUUAUAAAGAAGAACAGAGACAUCCAGGAGCUCUGUCAGAGCUGUGGAGGAAGAUAUGUUGUUGUCAACAUCAAGGACCAGCAGCAGAUCCCAGAGCUGUUGGAUGCUGUGGAAAAAAAUUGCCAAUCUAAAAAGAAACCAUCCUGCUAUACGACAGAAACAUUUGCUCAUGCACAAAUGGAAAAACUCAUACAGCAAGAGAAACUUCUCAACAUGCAACAAGGUCAACUUCAGAGACUUACACAGAAGAAAAGGAUCAAUUGUGAUGAAGAGGAGCAGAGCCCAGAGUGUCUCAGGAUUGUGCUGAUAGGGAAGACUGGCUGUGGGAAGAGUAUUUCAGGAAACACCAUCCUAGGAAGGAAGGAGUUUAAAGCCAAAUCAAGCCAAACAUCAGUCACCAAACACUGUCAGAAAGCAGUGGGUGAGGUGGACGGUUGUCCUGUUGCUGUGGUCGACACUCCUGGUCUGUUUGACACAACUUUGUCCCAUGAAGAGGUUAAUGAGGAGAUGGUGAAAUGCAUCAGUCUUCUGGUUCCAGGACCACAUGUCUUCCUGUUGGUGUUACAAAUCGGCAGAUUAACAUCAGAGGAGAAGGAGACAUUAAAACUCAUCAAGGAAGGCUUUGGGAACAAUGCUGAACAGUUCACCAUCAUUCUUUUCACCAGAGGAGAUUCACUGGAACAGGAUGAGAUGUCUGUUGAAGAAUACAUUAAAAAAGAAUGUGAUGACUCCUUUAAGAAGCUGAUUGCUGACUGUGGAGGAAGAUGCCAUGUGUUCAAUAACUAUGAUAAACACAACCACACACAAGUCAGUGAGCUGAUGACCAAGAUUGACACCAUGGUGAAGACAAAUGGAGGCAGCUGCUACACUAAUGAGAUGCUGCAAGAGGCCGAGGCAGCUAUAAAGAAAGAGAUGGAGAGGAUCCUGAAGGAGAAGGAAGAAGAGAUGGAGAGAGAGAGGGAGGAGCUGAGAAGAAAAUAUGAGGAAGAAAUGCAAGAGAUGAAAAUAAGAAUGGAAGAACAGAGAGCAGAAACUGAAAAGGAGAGAAAACUGAGAGAAAAACAACUCGAAGAAAAGGAGGAGAGGAUCAACAAGGAAUGUGAGGAGAGAAAGAAAGAACAGAAAAUGAGAGAAGAAGAAGACAGGAAGAGAAAACAAGAGGAAGAAAUUCAACGACAGGAGUGGAAACAAAAAGUUGAAGCUUUGGAGCAAAAAUUAAAGUUCGAGUUAGAAUCAAAGGAAACUACUGACAGAAAGCUGGAGGAGAGCAGAGAAGAGAUGAGGAAAGAACAAGAGAACUGGGAGAGAAAACGAAAAGAAUGGUGGGAGAAACGAUAUGAAGAAGAUGAACAGAGACGACAGGAGGAACAAACAAGACUGAAAAAGCUUCGAGAAGAAUAUGAACAGGAGAGAGAGAGAUAUGAAAAGAAGAGAAAAGAAGAGGAGCGACUCAGAAGAGAACAAGAGGAAAUUCAACGACAGGAGUGGGAACAAAAAUUUGAAGCUUUGGAGCAAAAAAUAAAGUUCGAGUCAGAAUCGAAGGAAACUAUUGACAGAAAGCUGGAGGAGAGCAGAGAGGUGAUGAGGAAAGAACGAGAGAACUGGGAGAGAAAACAAAAAGAAUGGUGGGAGAAACGAUAUGAAGAAAAUGAACAGAGACGACAGGAAGAACAAACAAGACGUAGAAAACUUCAAGAUGAAUACGACCAGGAGAGAGAGAGAAGUGAAAAGGAGAGAAAAGAAGAGGAGCGACUCAGAGGAGAACAAGAGGAAAAAGAGAGACAGGAAAUCGAAGAACAACGGAGAGCAGAAAUUGAAAAAGAGAAAAAACUGAGAGAAAAACUACUUCAAGAAAAGGAGGAGAGGAUCAACAAGGAACGUGAGGAGAGAAAGAAAGAACAGGAAAUGAGGGAAGAAGAAGACAGGAAGAGAAAACGACAGGAAGAAAUUAAACGACAGGAGUGGGAACAAAAAUUUGAAGCUUUGGAGCAAAAAAUAAGAUCAGAGUCAGAAUCAAAGGAAACUAUUGACAGAAAGCUGGAGGAGAGCAGAGAAGAGAUGAGGAAAGAACGAGAGAACUGGGAGAGAAAACAAAAAGAAUGGUGGGAGAAACGAUAUGAAGAAGAUGAACAGAGACGACAGGAGGAACAAACAAAACUAAAAAAGCUUCAAGAAGAAUAUGAUCAGGAGAGAGAGAGAUAUGAAAAGAAGAGAAAAGAAGAGGAGCGACUCAGAAGAGAACAAGAGGAAAAAGACAUGGAGGAGAACUAUAAGAAGAAAAUGGAGAAUCUGAUGAAGACACAUGAAGAGGAGGCCAGAGAGAAAGCUGAAGAGUUCAAUGAAUUCAAAGAGAAAUACAAGAAGGAAUGUGCAGCUCUAAAGCAGGAGCAUGAGAGACAACUGAAAGACAAAGAGCAGCAGUAUGACCUCUUAAAGGCUCGUUCAGACAGCAAUGAAGAACAACUGAAAGACAAAGAGCAGCAGUAUGACCUCUUAAAGGCUCUUUCAGACAGCAAUGAAGAACAACUGAAAGACAAAGAGCAGCAGUAUGACCUCUUAAAGGCUCUUUCAGCUCACACUGAAGAACAACUGAAGAAAAAGCAGGAAGACAUUUCUGACUUAGUCAAAUGUGUGACCAGAAGGAGAGAAAAUGUGCGAAUAAUCACUGAGUUACUGAGAAAACAGGAACAAGAAAUGAAACAGGUGAGAAAUGAGGAGGAGAAGAAGGAUCUGCAGAAAACACAUGACAGAGAGAUGAGUGACCUGAUACAGACACUUCUGACACAAGACAACCCGUCAAUCUGUUGGACUUCAUGAGGACUUGUCUCAUGUAAAUGUGACAGCAGAGCAGGUUCAGAUGAUUUUAUUCUGCUGUUAUUUGGUUUCAGUAACUGAAACUUUAAAGAAGCAGAGACUUCAUGGCAACAGAAAAUGGUGUUCAGUGGUUCCCAGGUGUCAAAAUCAACAAGCUAUGCUGUACAACAGCACUGUUGUCUUGGGGUUUUGGGCUUUAUACCCUUUUUCCACUAAAAUUGGUACGUAACCACUUAUCCUCUUGAGGGUCACAGGGGGUGGAGCCUAUCCCAGCUAACAGUGGAUGAGAGGCAGGGUACACCCUGGACAGGUCACCAGACUAUCACAGGGCUGACACAUAGAGACAGACAACCAUUCACACUCACAUUCACACCUACGGACAAUUUAGAGUCACCAAUUAACCUGCAUGUCUUUGGACUGUGGGAGGAAGCUGGAGCACCUGGAGGAAACCCACGCUGACACAGGGAGAACAUGUGGGAGCACCUGGAGGAAACCCACGCUGACACAGGGAGAACAUGUGGGAGCACUUGGAGGAAACCCACGCUGACACAGGGAGAACAUGUGGGAGCACUUGGAGGAAACCCACGCUGACACAGGGAGAACAUGUGGGAGCACCUGGAGGAAACCCACGCUGACACAGGGAGAACAUGCAGGCACCACCCCUGUUAUUUAUCCAGUCUCUCGUUCAAACUCGCAGCCCAUUAGCUGAUAAGUAUCCAUGAUUACUGCAGUCAUUUGACCAGGGAGUGAAUGCGGAUUGUAACCAUUACCAUUACAUACACUGGAUUUUUGUCCAGUGGGAAAGGGGAGUAAAUGUCAGAAUUAUUGUGCUGUUAAGACAGUUUUUGUUCCAGAACUUGAAGGUUCACUGACCCCACAGCUGAUCUCAGAUGAGGUGUUAAUAAUCAGAGGUGGAAAGUAACUAAUUACGUUUACUCACAUUACUGUAAUUGAGUAGUUUUUUUGUGUAAUUUGUAAUUUCUUUCAGUAGUUUUUGAAAUCUGUAAUUUUACUUUUACUUGACUGAAGUAUUGUGCUUCACUACAUUGGAGAUCACAUCCGUUCCUGAGUAAAAAAAAAAAAAAAAAAAAAAA